AGCGACAUUUGUAAUUUUAAAAUUAUAAAACAAAGAAUACAAUCCCCAUUCUCUCUCUCUCUCCUCUCUCUCCGGAUGUGCACUCGGAAUUCGGGAGAGUUGUUCGUCGAGCCUCCGACAGCCUCUGGGGGGUUUCGCGCUUCCGUAGGGUUUGUCGAGUGCUAGUUGACGAAGCACUUUGGCGCUGACAUAACUUUUAAGGUGACAAAAGCGCACGGAUAACACGACAUCAGCUGUAUUCCAGGAAAUAUGUGAAACACGUUGUUGGUAGGAAAAUUUGAAUCACUCUAUUCCAAUUGGAUGGCAACUGAGAGCCCUAUGAGAAUGGUGGAAAGCAGAAGACCUUCAAAUUGGGCCACUUUGAAGGACCCACCACUAAAUAAUGUUGCAGUAGAUGAGUUGGGAUUGCUUCUGCAGGGGCACAGACUUCGCGGGGAUCAGAAAAACAUGGUUCCCAAUCGAAGCGGUAGUGCACCUCCAAGUAUGGAGGGCUCAUUUGUAGCUUUUGGGAACCUUAUGGCUCAACAUAGUUCUGGUCUGGAUUCAACAUUGGCAAAGUUUAGCAGUUCAAAAAACUACGAGUCUGAGGAACAGCUGCGUGCUGAUCCAGCGUACUCUGACUACUACUACUCUACUGUGAACUUGAAUCCAAGGCUUCCUCCUCCUAUAAUUGCAAGGGAGAAUCGACGCCUUGUAAGUCAUGCUGUUGGUUUGGGAAAUAAUUGGCGAUUAACCUCUUAUGAUGACAGUGGUAAUGGAUCCCUGUACUUCUCUCGAGGUUCCCUUUCUACUCAUAAUGAGGAGCCGGAAGAUGAUAGGUCACCCCACGAAGCUUUAGAUAAUUUUUCAGAUAGUACUAAUGUGUUCAUGUCUGCAGACAAUGCAGCGUUUUUGGCGGCUCGUCAUAAAAGCUUGGUCGAUCUUAUACAGGAGGACUUUCCUCGAACUCCAUCUCCUGUGUACAAUCUGUCCCAUUCCUCGAGCCAUGCUGCGACAGAGAAGCCCAUUGAUCAUGAUGUUUCGGCCAUUUCAUUGGAUGAUCUUUCUCUUAAUAAUUCAUUGUCAGACUCAAAAUCAGGAUCUGACGGUGUCUAUGCGGAUAUGAACGCUGAAGGUGUAAAUGAUCGCGGGUUAAUAUCCACUGAUAAUCCAUCAGUUACCUCUUUGCCGCGAAAAUCAUAUUCUGACACAGUUUCGGGCCCAUUACCUCCUCAAACUGUUGAAGUAAGCAGUAAGGAUGCUGGUUCUGGGGAUAAGAUUUUAGGUAGUGUUGCCACCAGGUCAGAUGCUUUUUCUUUACAAGGACAGCAGAAGGGUCACGAGAAUAAUUUGCAGCAACAGCAGCGGCAACAGCCUUUCUCCCAACAAGGUAGUACUUAUCAAAUUCGCGCAGCUCAGCCCCCAGUAUUUUCUCAAGGAAUGAAUCUGCCACGUAGUGGCAUCGAAAAAGUUUAUCACGGCCACCCAAAGAACUCUGCUGUGGCACAAUCCACUCUGCAACCUCCUGGACUCACACCUCCCUUAUAUGCCACGGCAGCAGCCUAUAUGCCUUCAGGAAAUCCAUUUUAUCCUGGUUUACAUCCACCUGGUUUAUAUGCUCCACAAUACAAUUUCGGGGGAUAUGCUAUGAGCUCUACAUUUCUUCCCCCAUUUAUGGCUGGAUAUCCCUCUCCUUCUGGCAUACCAGUGCAAUUUGAUGCCACUUCUGUUCAAAGCUUCAAUGGUCGAAGUGGUGUUGCUUCAACAGGGGAAGGCAUUCCCCGUGCAGGUGAUUUUCAGAAUAUGCAUAAGUUAUAUGGACAGCGUGGGUUAUUCCUGCAACCUUCUUUCGUGGACCCCAUGCAAAUGCAAUAUUUUCAGCAUCCUGCUGAAGAUGCAUAUGGUGCUUCAGGUCAGUAUGGUUGGUUUGGAUCAAUGGGGGUACUUGGGGGCCAAGUGGAUUCUUUCACUUCACAGAAGGAGGCAACUGUUGCUGCUUAUAGGGGUGAUCAGAACUUUCAGCCUUCACCGGAUAGAAAUCUGAGCAUUAUUAGUCCUAGAAAAGGAGGAAUCACUGCUAGUGCUUACUAUGAAAGUCCACCAAGCAUGGGUGUCAUGACACAAUUUCAAGCCUCGCCUCUUGGCAGUCCAUUACUGCCAGGAUCUCCAGUGGGAGGAGCAGAUUAUUCAGGAAGGAGAAAUGAAUUCAGAUUUUCUCAAGGUUCAAGCAGAAAUGUGGGAGUGUACUCUGGAUGGCAAGGCCAAAGAGGAGGAGACACCUUUAAUGACCCCAAAAGGCAUUCUUUUCUUGAAGAGUUAAAAUCCAGCAAUGCCGAUAGGAUUGAUCUCUCUGAUAUUUCUGGGCGUAUUGCUGAAUUCAGUGUUGAUCAACAUGGGAGUCGGUUCAUUCAGCAGAAGUUGGAAAACUGUGGGGUUGAAGAGAAGGCAUCUGUUUUCAAGGAAGUUCUUCCUCAUGCUUCAAAGUUAAUGACAGAUGUUUUUGGGAACUAUGUUAUUCAAAAGUUUUUCGAGCAUGGAAGUUGCGAACAAAGGAAGGAACUCGCAGAUCGACUUUCAGGACAGAUAUUAACUUUGAGUUUGCAAAUGUAUGGCUGUCGUGUGAUUCAGAAGGCUCUCGAGGUUAUUGAACUUGACCAGAAAACCCAACUUGUGCAUGAGCUUGAUGGACAUGUUAUGAAAUGCGUGCGAGAUCAAAAUGCAAACCAUGUUAUACAAAAGUGUAUUGAAUGCAUUCCUGUGGAGAAAAUUCAGUUUAUUAUCGCCGCUUUCAAAGGCCAAGUCGCUACGCUUUCUACUCAUCCCUAUGGUUGCCGUGUUAUUCAGAGAGUUCUGGAGCAUUGUUCAGAUGAUUUGCAGUGUAUUGUCGAUGAAAUCUUGGAAUCUGCUUAUGUUCUUGCUCAAGAUCAAUAUGGCAACUAUGUCACACAGCAUGUUUUGGAACGGGGAAAACCUCAUGAAAGAAGCCAAAUCAUCAGCAAGUUGACUGGAAAAAUUGUACCAAUGAGUCAACAUAAAUAUGCUUCAAAUGUCGUUGAAAAGUGUUUGGAGCAUGGUGAUGCAGCUGAACGGGAACUCUUGAUUGAUGAGAUUCUUGUUCAGUCUGAAGAAAAUGAUAAUUUAUUGGUAAUGAUGAAGGACCAAUUUGCAAACUAUGUGGUCCAAAAGAUUCUUGAAAUAAGCAACGAUAACCAUCGGGAAGUUUUGCUCAAUCGGAUCAGAAUGCAUCUUCACGCUUUGAAGAAAUAUACUUAUGGUAAACACAUAGUUGCCCGCUUCGAACAAUUAUCUGGUGAAGAAUGUGAAGCUUUGGAGCCGUAAGCUGAUCAAAAUGGGACAGAUUUAUCAAUUGGACGCUUGUUUCUGUGACUGGUGAAAAUGAUGAAUAAGAAACUGCAUGAGCAGAAAGAAGAAUAGGACAAGUGCAGCCCAUACCACCAUUAUUCGUACAUUUGCACAGUCGAAGUGGCUACAGUUGGUUGGCUGCUUGAUAUUCCAAAAUUUAACAUAAUACUUCUGAUGUGUAAUGUAAUAUGUCAACUGUAUUUAUGUAUUUGUAUGUAUGUAUAUAUGUAUGUAUGUAUGUAUGUUUAUGUAUUAGGAGUUAAUUGUUCGAAGGAAUCAUUGCUGCUUCCUAAACCAGUUGAAGAGUAGUUGAUUGCUUUUA